ACCACAGCCCACAAAACAAUACAAUACAAUUUUUCGUCAGCCUAUCUACUAUUCAUCAACCCCCAGGCGGCAGCAUGCCAUUAGCUGCUUAUCUAGUUUACUCAUAACCUCCCAACCUUACUCUCCCGCUGUUCUAAAAUUUCCUUGUGCCUCUGGAAAAACCUUUUUGUUAGCUCUGCAUUAAUCCACCACUUGGUGUUUUUUUUGAGGUUGCUAGUAGGUCCGUUACCAGCAUGGAGAGAAGCAUGGCUUGCUGCGCAAACAGGGCAUUCCUGCCUGGUGUUUCCUCUCAGCAUUCCACUGCUUUAGUGGCUCCUCGAUCCAUUUCUUCAUCUUUCACCUACAAGAGCCUAAAGUCCUGCUCACUGUUUGGGGAAUCAUUAAGACAAGUGCCAAAAUCAUCACUCAAAGUUUUAAAGAUCAAAAACACUUCCCUCGUCACUAGAUGUGCCAUCGGUGAUAGCCUGGAAGAGUUCCUUACAAAAGCAACCCCAGAUAAGGGCCUGAUCAGACUGCUGACAUGCAUGGGAGAAGCACUGAGGACCAUUUCUUUCAAAGUGAAGACAGCUUCUUGCGGAGGAACAGCAUGUAUCAACUCUUUCGGCGAUGAGCAACUGGCCGUGGAUUUGCUUGCCAACAAGCUUUUAUUUGAGGCCUUAACUUACUCACACUUCUGCAAGUACGCAUGCUCUGAAGAAGUCCCAGAACUCCAAGACAUGGGAGGCCCAGUUGAAGGAGGAUUUAGCGUUGCUUUCGAUCCACUUGAUGGCUCCAGUAUCGUAGACACAAAUUUCACAGUAGGCACCAUCUUUGGUGUGUGGUCCGGAGAUAAGUUAACUGGUGUAACUGGUAGAGAUCAAGUUGCUGCAGCCAUGGGGAUUUAUGGUCCUAGAACUACAUAUGUUCUAGCUCUUAAAGACUUCCCUGGAACCCAUGAAUUUCUUCUUCUCGACGAAGGUAAAUGGCAACAUGUGAAAGAGACAACAGAGAUUGGAGAAGGAAAACUAUUCUCCCCUGGAAACUUGAGGGCCACAUUUGACAACCCAGAUUAUGACAAGCUGAUCAACUACUACGUGAAAGAGAAAUACACAUUGAGAUACACAGGGGGAAUGGUUCCAGAUGUCAAUCAGAUAAUAGUGAAAGAGAAAGGGAUAUUUACAAAUGUAACAUCUCCAUCUUCAAAAGCCAAGCUGAGGCUCUUGUUUGAGGUAGCUCCAUUAGGGCUGUUGGUUGAGAAAGCAGGAGGUCAUAGCAGUGAUGGUCGUCAAUCUGUUCUAGACAAGGUGAUUAAUAAUCUUGACGAGAGAACGCAAGUUGCAUAUGGAUCCAAAGAUGAGAUUAUCAGAUUUGAAGAAACUCUAUAUGGAUCAUCCAGGCUCAAGGGAGGAGUACCUGUUGGUGCCGCUGCUUAAGCAUCCUUUUUUUUUUUUUUAAAUCUCUUUCCCAUGUUUUCUGUUUUUUCCUCUUGUGGAUCACAAUCAGAUUCUAAACUAUUUCAUAAAGUAGUUUUAUGGUAGCGCAUAGAAAAAUAUAUAUCUAUAUAUUAGAAGAA